AUGGCGGCGACCGAGACGGUCGGCGAAUUCGCCGAAACGGAACCUCGCGACUCCAUCUUCGCCCAGGAGAUCGACAGCCUUCCUUGGUGGCAGAGGUAAGCAUUUCUUGGUCUCCUAUUCCGACCUCUGUUGUUGAGGACGUUGAUGGCCAACGAGCGCGUGCUGUUCGGCACGUGGGACGGUGUCUUCGCCACUGUAAUGGUCAACAUUUUCGGCAUCAUCGUCUUUCUUCGUCUCGGCUGGAUUGUGGUGCUCGAAAAGAAGCCUUGGGAUUAGCGAUGUUCGGAAUUCAGGGAACAGCCGGCGUGGCAAACUCCAUUCUCUUGCUGGGAAUAUGUACGGCACUCGCCCUCAUCACCGUCUUCUCAGCUAUUGGCAUUGUUGAGAGAUGCCAGAUAAGAGUGAAUUUUUCUCUAAUUAAAAAUUAUUUUUGCGAAAGUUCUCGAGACUUUCUUCGAAGGAAGAAGAAAAAUCGUAGUCUGCUUUAUUAUGGUCUGUUCAGACUUUGAAUGCCAAACAGCUUACUCCGCCCCCGAAGCUACAAUAUCUUUCGCGUCAAUGUUUCAUCGCAGAUGAUGAUGAGCCUUUAAUAAGGCUGCAUUUUUUGACUUCUUUUUCUAUCUUUUAGAUCCUGCGCGACAAAAAGAUCGACGCGAAAAGGGAGCGUCUCAGCAAGGGCGGAGUUAACUGGUUGACAUUCAAAAUCUGAACAGACUAUAUGCACGAGACGAGGUUUUUUGAUCUCGAGCACAUCUCGAAAUUUGCUGAAAUAUCUUAAAACGAGAUCCCGUCUCAAACAUCCUGCUUUCUUCAACAGUGGCUUUCCCUUCACCCUUCAGCUUCGACUUAAAAUUUCCUCUGAGUUAAAUUUUUCCUAACUUCAUCUUCGCUUAAGCUGUUCUUUCGAAAAAUGUUUGGUCAGCUUAUUAAGUUGCUAAAUCAUUUCCUACUGAGGUAUUCAUCAAGAUAGUGAAUUUUUUCUCCGAAAAAAGCUUGAUCAAAUUCGAACAAUGAUUUCAAAUAUUUCGUAUUGUGUCGAAAAAUCCAGAAAAUGAUCUGUCGAGUCAGGAGAAAUUGGUUUUGUUGCAUGAGUUCUACGCAUAACUGGAAUAUUGGCUUCAGAGCGGUGGCAUCUAUUUUUUGGUGUCGCACGUGCUUGGAGGACGGAUAGGUGGCGCCGUCGGUCUCAUGUAUGUCUUCGGACAGGCGGUGGCGACAGGUCUGGUGGCCGUCGGCUUCGGCGAAUCGGUAGCCCAUCUUUUUGACUCUGAGAGCCGAGUUCUCAUCAAGUUCAUUGCUGUCAUCACUCUAGUCUUCCUCACCGGUAGGCAUUCUCUUUUGGUGUUUAUUGUCGAGUUACAGCUGUGAACACGGCUGGAGUGACGUGGGUCGUACGGCUACAGAUUGUUCUUCUUGGGUGCAUCGGACUCGCCGUCACAGACUUCCUACUCGGCGCUCUUUUCAUCUCGGACGAGCGUAAGGUGCUUCGAAAGGUCAUCUGAUUUCUCUGCCAUUUCAGCUCAUGGCGUAUUCCGCUUCUCAACAAAGCGAAUCCAGACCAACGCCGAGCCGUUUUAUGAGUCUCUCAAUUGCAGCGCGUUCGGUGUGUCUCGUAUCCUCCCCGAGCAGUCGUUCUUCACGGUUUUUGGCGUUUUCUUCGCCAAUUUUUUAGGCGUUCUUGCUGGUGACUUUGCUCGAAAGGCACUUUCAACAGACUUCUUUAGGAGUGAACAUGAGCGGAGACCUGAAGGAUCCUCACAAGAGUAUUCCCGUGGGAGAACUGUCGGCGGUCGGAGUCAGGUGUGUGAUUCCAGCAGCAGCCGCCGCACAGAAAGAAACUUUAGCUCUUCAAUCUGUUUUGUUUUCAUCUUGAUUUUGGGAGGUGUCGGAGAUCGUCAAGCUCUUCUCUGCGACAACUUGAUUUCAGAAAAAGUUGGUUUUUUUUUUCUCAUCAAAAGUUGUGAACUUUGCUUUUGAAACUUCUGGAAACUAUUUCAAGCUGUUGAAAGCACAGACUUGCUUAUAAACCUAAAUGAAAUAAUUUGAAAUUCAGGUAGCACUGACCGGCGUCGUAUUUCUCAUAGGACUAUACGUGUGUUCUUUAUCAUCGACAGUCGGCUCACUUCUCGGUGUGUCUCGAAAUCGAGUCAAAUCAAAUUUCAUUCUUUUUCCAACUUACUUUGGAGGAUGAAAACAAAAAUAUAUUUUUGAACGCUACUUUUUCAGGAACACCUAGAGUCCUCCAAGGAAUAGCUGCCGAAGGGAUUAUACCAUCCUUAAGCAUUCUUUCUCAGGGAGUAACUUUUUGAUCCCCACCUUUUUAGUUUAUAACUCACCUUUAACAGACCGGACCCAACAACAAUCCAGUAUUUGCGGGAUACGUUCUUAUGGGAGUCGCCUCGUUGUUCGUUCUUUUGGGCGACCUCAAUCAACUCGCAAUUCUCUCUACAAUGCCAUUUUUGAUAACUUACGCCUUCGUCAACUAUUCUUACGUUUCUCUAGCGAUGAGCUACGACCUAGCCUAUGUCAAUCAGGCAGCGUAAGCAUUCUGUUGUUUUGCAAAAGUUAAGUAAACUUCUUCAGCUACAAUACAACUGGAAACUAUGGUGCUACGGCAAAAUCAAAUGACUUGAAUGAACUUUUUCCCGAGAGACGCGAAACACACGUCAAUAUAGAUACAAACGGAAGCACCAUUACAGACCAGCAACCUACCUGGUACUCUAUGUUCAGCAACAGAUACAUAUCGUUUGCCGGAGUACGCAAACCCAUAAAAAACAAUCUCAAUUAAGUUUUUUUCAGUUUCUCGUCAAUUUGUGUAUUAUUAUAUUAAUCAAUUGGUGGUUCGCAAUAGCACAUUUCAUUGCUUUGGUUGCUUUAUAUUAUUACAUCGGACGAUCAUGUCCAGUUUGCAUUCCAGGUAAAAUAGAGAUAUAAACUAACAUGAAAAAGUUUCAGGCAUAUCAAACUUUUCCCUCUGGCAUAUGUUCCGCACCGCCUUCUCUUCUAUUGAAACCAUUGGAUUCGGAGUCCCAUCUAUUGUUCCUCAGGUUCGGAGUUUGUCAAGCAAUGUAACACGAGAAAAAACUAAAACGACUGGCAUCAUGCCGUGUUCAAAGUGAUUUCCGCGAAAUGCAAAACUAUCUGACUAUCCAAAAUUUUGAUUAUCUUUUUCUCUCUCUGACGGAUAUUUUGCAUUUCGCGGAAUCCCUUUAAACACGGCAUAAUAAUGAUGAAAACUAGUUGUUCCACAAAAAAUUCAAAUUUUCAAUUUUGAUCCAUUAAAAGUUCUAUUUUAUUAAAUGAUCAAGGUCUAAUCAGUUAAUUCGAGAAGAUUUUCAUCGAUAUCAUUUUCAAAAUCUGAACAAAACCUAGCUAGUUACUUCACUGUCAAAAAUUAAAUUUUUUUUUCAAUUUCCGGCACAACUUUCUAACUUUUAUUCCAACUUCCCACGUUCCUAAAGAAAUUGUAUUACCGAUUAAAUUGUACCUCGUAGUUUAAUCAGAAAUAUCGUUAUCUAUACUUUAAGUAUAUCUUUUUCCCAAAAAAAUUCAACAUGAUAAUUUGAGACACCUUAAAAAAAUAGAUUGGUUGGCCCCAUAACCUAUUUUCGAACCUUGAAGUUUGAGGCGUACGUCCUCAUAAGUUUAAAAUAUUACGAAAGGUUAUUUUAGUAUGAACUUUCUGAGUGCCUCUCUGAAGAAUUACGGCAUUUUCAUGAUAAAAAUCCAAAUUUCAGGACGGGAUGACCAGCGAUCUCACAACAGCCCAAAUUAACAAUAGCAAUCCGGAUUAUGAAAACAGGAAACAAUAUCACCACGCAGAAAACGUAUCUCGUGAUUUGAAUUGA